AAAAAAAGGCUUUGGUUUGCUGGUUUGCUUAAUUGGCUUGGAGAUUCUUGAGCUUGAUGAUCAGAAAUGAGGAUCGAGGGCAGCCGUGUCCUGGCUUUUAUACCUUUUCCCACCCCUCCAGGAAGAAGUCCUUGACACGCCAUUGCAAAAUCAAGUCGACUGAUUCUCCGCGAAGAUUGUCACAUGCAUGAUUUCUUUUUUUUCUCUCUUUCCCUUUUUCCCACUAUUCUUGCCAUGUACGUUUCAUGUUCCCCACUCUGUUCAUACUAGAGGAACGCUUCGUGAAGGCAUUCCUGCACUGCUAAUUUUCUACAGUUGCCUAACAGGAACUGCGAAUGGCGGGCCCAAUCUAGCAGUGGAGACUAGAUCAAAAGCUGGAUGUCAAUACGUCAAGCUUCUUGGUUUUGCUUUUGCUAAAGCUCUUUAGCAUCACCAUCUACGGCCUCGUCCUACCACGCCACCAUCCUGCGGACACACAGUGGGGACGACGACAACGAGAGCAUCUCUCCACAACGUUCUGCUGACUCCUUCUGAACUGGAAGACGUCAUAUCAACCGAGGGCUGUCUCGAAAACAG